AUGAAAACUCUUUUAAAAAUAAUAUUAAUACUAAUAACAUUUUCAAUGACAAAAUGCGAGAAAAAAAUAGAAAAUAAGAUGAAUCCGGUAGUUCUUACAACCGCUGCGUCGAUGGAAGAUGGAGAUGGUAAAACUUUUGUCGAUGUCAUGGGAGUAAUGAUAGACUGCAAUGAUACCUUUCGUGUCGAAAUGCCAUAUUUAGAUAGUUUCAACAAGAGCGGCAGUUUUCCAGACGAAACGGACAGAACACCUAAGUGUUUUAUGCGGUGCGUUUUGGAAAAAGUGGAGGUUGUCUCCGAAGACGGUCAGUUUGAUGUGAACCGCACAGCUGAAGUGUUUCCACAGAUCAGAGACGUUCCUCAGGAGGAAAUUAUUGAAAUGGCAACACCGUGUGCGGAGAGAUCGGAAAGUUGUAAAUGCGAAAGAUCAUACCAAUACAUGAAAUGUCUUCUAGAAAAAGUCAUAGAUAAAUAUGACACAACAUAG